AAGUGCCCAGCAACAGCAUCCGACCACUGACGCCGUCCAUCAACACCACAGGCUCAGAAACUUCCGACUUUGAACCUUCUUCAUUACCCACCAGAGAGUCUUCCAGCAGACCGCCCAGUCCGGACCAUGGCGAUCCACGCAGCACGAUUCCCUCCCUGAGCCAACGCCUUCGCCAUACUUCCUCUAUCCUCGCCAUAGCUCUCACGUCAGAGCAUAUCUAUGCAGGCACGCAAGCAGGAGAAAUUCUGGUAUACGACCUAGGCACAUAUGAGAAGAGGGCGGUGCUGGAAGGCCACAGAGGCUCGGUGCUAGGCCUAUGCAUAUCGCAAGACCAAAAGCUGUUAUUCUCGAGCUCAGGCGACAGGGUCGUCAACAUAUGGGAUACGAAAACACUGAAGAGGACGGGUUGUUUGCGAUCGCCGUUUGACGUUGGCGAUGUCUUCUGCGUCGCAUAUUCCGCUGCCCUGGACACGGCGUAUCUGGGCUCACAGAACACCAUGAUACAGUGGUGCUGCAUCUCCCCACAAUCGAUCAAGAGUCUGCCUGCGGCAGUGCGCGACGAUGACCGCUUCUUCGACUCGAGAGGACCUGGCGGCGUGCGGACACCGAAGCCUGCGGGCUCAGAUGUUGUACCCAAACAUGCCGUCGGCGGGGAUGAGCUUGAAAUCGACAAGGCGGACGUGAAGCACUUUGCGCACUAUGGAUAUGUCUAUUGCAUGUUGUUGGCGAGAGAUGGAGUGCCGGAGCGAUCUGGAGAGGACACUCUGGUCACAGGAGGCGGAGAUGGUGUGAUCAAGCUUUGGAAACUCAAUGCGGAGAAUGGAGGCGCUGUAGAAGAGCUAUAUUCGCUGGACGAUGGCAGAGAAGAGGGACACGCGAUACUGGCGCUUGCCAUGGACGGCACAUUCGUCUACUCAGGACGCAGCGGCGGUGAAGUCGAUGUCUGGGAUCUGGAGACGAAGCAGCUUGUUCGGAAUCUCAAGGCGCAUCGAGACGAUGUGCAGUCCUUGACUGUCGGUGGCGGCUUUCUCUUCAGUGCUGCAGUGACUGGCUAUGUGCGCAAAUUCGAUCGACAGUAUCAACUCAAGACCAGGUUCAAGGCCCAUGACGGCCGCAUUCUCGCAUCGGCAUUUUCCUUCCAUAAAGGCAAGCCGGUCUAUGUGACUGGAUCCAACGACAACAGUUUGGCGGUGUGGGAUAUUACAGACUGCAUCAGGCUCAGCAUCGUACCCGGCAAGACCAGCAAUGAACAAUUAGUGGAGUCUUUACGGCGAUUUGUGGCGUUCAGGACAGUCAGCUCAGACCAGCGACAUAAAGCGGACUGCAGGCGAGCGGCUUCAUACUUGCGAUCGGUGUUCAAGAACUUUGGCGCCAUUACAGAGAUGCUCCCAGCUGAAGAUGGGUGCAAUCCAGUCAUCCUUGCUCGCUUUCGAGGUAACCCUGCGACCAGAGCACAACGCAAGAAAAUACUAUUCUACGGUCACUACGACGUUGUUGCUGCGAACAACGCCAGCGGCAAAUGGAUAGUCGACCCAUUCGCAAUGGAAGGCAUUGACGGCUAUCUUUACGGCCGAGGCACUUCUGACAAUAAGGGACCAAUCAUGGCCGCCAUCUUUGCUUGUGCUGAGUUGAUGACAACACACGCUCUGGACUCAGACAUUGUCUUCCUCAUCGAAGGUGAGGAGGAGAGCGGUUCGCGAGGCUUCGAAAAAGCUGUCAAGGCAAGCAAGGAUAAGAUUGGCGAAGUAGAUUGGAUCUUGCUCGCGAAUAGCUACUGGCUGGACGAUCGAACACCAUGUCUGACGUAUGGCCUUCGAGGUGUCAUUCAUGCGACUGUGCAGAUCGAAAGCAAUCAUCCGGACUUGCACUCUGGUGUCGACGGUAGUGCGCAGCUAGACGAAUCAUUGAAGGACUUGGUCUUGCUGCUCGGAACACUGACAGGCAAGAAUGGAGAAGUGAAGAUUCCUGGCUUCUACGAUCCUGUACCAGAAGUCAGCGAUACUGAAGCAGCAUUGUACGCAGACAUCACUCACGCUCUAGUGUCGAGGAACCCUGACCUCGGCGACCCCGAAGCACUCGCUACAUCUCUCAUGCGAAGGUGGCGAGAAGCUUCGUUGACAAUUCAUCGCUUCCAAACCUCUGGCCCUGACAACGCCACGAUCAUUCCGCGUAUGGCGAAAGCCGCGCUAUCGAUACGUCUCGUACCGAACCAGGAAGCAUCAGAGGUUGCGAAAGCUUUGCAGACCCACCUCGAAUCUGGCUUCAAGCAACUCGAAUCGAACAACCGUCUUACUGUGACCAUCGACCACAAAGCCGAGCCUUGGCUAGGAGACUGGACUAACGACCUGUUCAAGACUCUUGAAGAAGCCAUCAUGGACGCGUGGGGACCUACAGAGACCCAGACUAACCACCAUCGGAGCUCCCCUCCAGCGGCAUUCAAGCUUGGCAUCCCUAGACAGUUGGCAAAUGGACACCAGCCUGCGAAGCCAUCGCCAGCAACAUCCACCACCCUCGCCCACCAAAGUGUCGAAACGCCUUCUCCCCUCACGCCAAUGGCUGAGGUCGCCAACAAGCUCGAGGAGAUCAUCACGCCUCCGGAGAAGAAGCCGAAGCAGCGACGGAAACCGCUAUACAUUCGAGAAGGGGGCUCCAUUCCAGCUAUUCGUUUCCUGGAGAAGGAGUUUGAUGCACCUGCUGCUCACUUCCCUUGUGGUCAAGCUAGUGACAGCGCACAUUUGGACAAUGAAAGACUGAGACUACAGAAUCUUUACAAAGCCAAGGACAUUUUCGCAAAGGUUUUUAGAGAUUUGCCGCAGAAGUGAAAAGGUUUCGUUCAGAUGCAUGUUCGAUCGCCGGCGUUGAGCGAGACAUGACUGGAAUUGUGUAGGAUAUGUGUAAGACAAGACUUAGGUGGGAGCAAACGACUUGUCUUUGUGUGAGAAUCAGGCAGCUUCAAAAGUAGGGUUGAAGACACGAUCUGGCGGGCAUAAAAGUCGACCCAGAUCGCUUCUUGUAACGCUCAUCGACAAACCACGAUAAACACUCCACCAGCUAGCAUCAUGGGCAAUCUAGCAUACGAGAAAGACAAGAUUUACUUCCAG